AUAUUUUCCCUUAAUAACUUCACAUCUAGAUUUCCCGGCUUUUUACAUUCUACGGACAACACUCCCUCUUUCUCUCUCCUCCGAAUUUCAUCUGCAAGAUCAGCUGGUUAUCAAAGGGGAAUCAACUUCAUUUAUGAUUAAUCAAUCUAUGUUCAAGUGAGCUGAAAGUGAUUGAAGUGUAGGAGAAGAUGGAAAAUAUGCAGUAUGCUGAGGAGCUAGUGAGAGAGUUUCUUGUAUUCAGAGGUUUCACUAGUACUCUACAAGCUUUUGAGAUGGAACUAAAUACGGAUGUUGGGAAAGGCUUUCAAGUGGACAAGAUAUUAGACCUGAUCUUCACAAAAUAUAUACCUAAGUUUGAGGCUGAGAAAUUGUUUGGCCUCCUUAGUUUCUUUAAGCACUGUUUUUCUUCUUCAGAGACAGUGCUUUAUGCUACAUUAUCAAAACUGGAGGUCUCUAUUCUCCGCUAUUAUAUAGUGCAUGCUGUGCGUUCGGGUAGGAAUGACAAAGUCAAAGAGUUUUUUGAUAUGUUUGGUGAUACCUUGCAGCAGAAAGGCGAUGAUUGGACUCCAUGGUUUGCUAUGCCAUAUCUAAAGAGUCCUGGUACAGAUCCUCAGUUUCACAUAUAUUUCUCAAAGGAAUGGUUUGAUGCCUUGCAUCUCUCACUAAGGAAUUUUCUUAGCCAGAUGUUUAGCGGUACUCGCAUUCCUGCUUUAUUGAAAAUCAGUACAGAGAAGAAUACUAUGAACCGUCUCAGAAAUGACAUUAAGCAGCUUAAUCUGAAGUUAUCACAGCUUCAAACUGUCCUGGAAGAAAGGGAGAAUCAGUUACAUCAGCUUAGGAGUGGUGCUGUGUUAAUGAGAGAUGAAGAUGACUCAGCAAAAGAUGCUUCGUUGGUUUUGGCAGAGGCAAUUCCAUCAAUAGAUUGUGGAGAAAAUCUUGUGGAUGCCGACCAUGCCCCGAGUACACCAGGCAGCGAUAUUCAGAAUGGAGCCCAUGUUUCCAAAUACGGUUUAUAUAGUGGUGGAAAGGUGGCUGUGGCUCUAGGAGAGGAAGAAUUUUCAGAAGUAAAAGUGCAGUUCCAGGAAACGUUUCUAGGGCACACAAGUCCCAUCACCAGGUCCCGCUUUUCUGCAUCUGGGGAUAACAUUGCAAGUGCUUCUCUAGAUGGAACAGUCAGGAUUUGGACAUAUGACUCAUCUACAUCGGCGUCUAGAAAUGCCACUAUAUAUUCUGGAGCAGAAAUUUUGUCUCUUGACUGGGACUCUAAAUCUGAUCGCUUGCUUCUCAUAGGCACUGCUGAAGGAGCCAUAAAAGCAUGGAAUGUGGAUGCAAAAAGAGUCGUGUGUGAUCUCAGCACAGGCCAAACAUUUAGAAGGGUAUUAGAUGUAAAGUGCAGCCCUGUGGAACCCAUUUUUGUUUCUGCAGCAGCAUCUGACGGGGAUGAAACAACUUAUGCUAGCACAAUGGGAUUUGCUUCGCUAACCGUUUGGAACAUGAAGACAUGGAAAGCUAUGACAGUCCUUCCACUUGGCGAAGAUCCCCCAGCAAUAACAUCUCUGUGUUUCAAUCACAACGGAAAGAUUUUAGCGGCUGCUGCUGUUGAUGGGAUGAUUCACAUGUUUGACAUGUCUGCUGGUUUGCAAAUUACUGGAUGGCCAGCUCAUGAUUCUCCCAUUAGCUCUAUUCAUUUCGGGCACGAUGAAACGAGUAUUUUUACUUUGGGAUCAGAUGGAAAAGUUUUUGAAUGGAGCUUGCAGAAGCAAGGUCAAGUAGUCUGGUCAGCAGAUUGCAGCAGGUUUUGCAGUCCUGAUACCACAAAACACUGCCGUCAUGAGAUGGCUCUGGAUUGUUCUGGGAAGAGACUGCUGGUGACCUCUGAUUCAGUACGAUCACCCAUGUAUCAGGUUGGAAGUCUUGCAAAUGGAUCGAAAACUCUACCACAUGGUGCAGCAGUGACAACUGUGGAUUGGCACCCAACCCUGCCUAUAUACCUUACUGGAUCUGCUGAUAACUCAGUUCGUGUUACCUCCAUUUUGUGAGGCAUCAUUACUGGUUUUUAUCAGUCCUUCAACAUUACUUUAAAAUAUCAUCGAAUUGGGUUUGGCAUCUCUAUGUUGUUCUUGGUUUUGGAUGCAAUUCUCAUGAAUCUUUUAGUGUAAUGCUAGUUUGUUCUUGAGUUCGGCCAGUCUUAGCUCUUCCAUAUUAGAUGGUGUCGUUUUGAUCUUUUUGGUUAAACCCUCAGGUUGUCACAUAUCGGUUCUGGAAUCUAGUCUCCACCAAACCAUCCCUUGCUCGUCCUUUCUUCUUUCAAUUUUACUUUGUAUAUUGGUGAAAGAAUAUAUUUAAAGUCGGUUGCAAUGAAAGAAUAUGGAGGAAGCUAUCCGGUAAAAUAGAUAAUUAAUAUAUGAUCGUCUUACAAUGUUUUUUUAUAGUUACAUAUAAUUGUAAAUCAUGUAAAAUAGAUGAUUUUAUAUCUUUGAAUAAAAUUGUAAUUCAUUUUGGAUCAAAAACAAUGUAUUGUUAUGUGUCUAUAGAUAUGUAUCUUGUGAGA